AUGGCGGAAGCUGAGAACGACCCUACGAACGAGCUCAACCAAACAUCAGUUACCCAGGCAGACAAGCAGAAUGGGGUUGAUGUUGCAACAGAACCGCACGCCCCGGAGGUAGUCGCGGAGUCAAAACCAGCAUUAACCGAUGAAUCAGAACGUCAGGAGAUCCCAACAAUUAAAGAGAAUGAGGACACAAUGGCGAACAACCGAUUGAAUGACAGCAAGAAUAACCUGCCUCAUGAGCCCUCCGUAACGUCUCCGGAUACUACCACUGAUUCAAACGAGCCUACCGACGAACCAGAACAACCACAUACAGAAGGUGAUCAACUCGAAACUCUGCAGCAAGAUCAGCCUCCUGCUUCGGACGAACAACUGAAUGAAGCUCCAGAUGCGCCGUCAACUCGCGAUGAGCAGCUUGCCCAGGAUAUGCGACAGCGAUCGGACUCGCGAUCGACUACCGCAACCUUCGCUACCAAUCGGUCCUCGGUAGUCAGCUCUACUGUUUUUAUUGUGACAGCUCUGGAUGCAAUUGGUGCGUCGCGGGAAGCUCGGAAGAGCAAAGAGCUGGAGGACGCUGUAAAGAAUGCGCUCGCCAAUGUCAAGCAGUCGGACCGCCAACCUAUCGACCCGGAGAUACUGUUCUACCCUUUAUUACUCGCAAGCAGGACUCUAAGCAUUCCCUUGCAAGUAACGGCUCUCGAUUGCAUCGGCAAGCUAAUCACCUACUCUUAUUUUGCAUUUCCAUCGGCGCAAGAAGCCAAGCCAUCGGAGGCAGAUGCUACGGCAGAGCAGCCUCCUCUUAUAGAGCGAGCCAUUGACGCUAUAUGCGAUUGCUUCGAAAAUGAAGCUACGCCAAUCGAGAUCCAACAACAGAUAAUCAAAUCCCUUCUGGCUGCAGUAUUGAACGACAAAAUUGUGGUGCAUGGAGCAGGUCUUCUGAAAGCUGUUCGGCAAAUCUACAACAUGUUUAUUUACUCAAAGUCCAGUCAGAACCAACAAAUCGCUCAAGGAUCCCUCACACAAAUGGUCAGCACGGUCUUUGACAGACUGCGCGUUAGACUUGAUCUACGGGAAUUGCGCAUCCGUGAAGGCGAAAAGGCGCAGGCGGGGUCUUCGGAAAGUGUGACUAUUGAGCCUGUCGUUAGCCCGCCAUCUGCUGAGGACGAUCAGGCAUCUGAUGUUGCUUCUGUAGCAGCGGAUCAACCGGUCUCCAAGGAGCCAACGGAAAAGCUCACUUUGGAGAGCUUCGAAUCGAACAAAGAUGUUACAACAGUCAAUGAUAACGUACCAACAAUGGUCACCCGCGCCAACAUUAAUCAGAAAAGAACGCAGUCUUACUCAGGCACUUCCUCGGAGGAGAAAGAGGCUGAAGAUGCUUCAAGUAACGAAGACGAUGUGGACGAGAUUUACGUCAAAGAUGCUUUCCUCGUAUUCAGAGCUCUUUGCAAGUUGAGUCAUAAAGUCCUCAGCCACGAGCAGCAACAGGACCUCAAGUCCCAGAAUAUGAGAUCCAAAUUGCUAUCUCUGCACCUAAUCCACUACCUCAUCAAUAACCACGUCAUUAUCUUCACCACACCCCUUCUCACACUAAAAAACAGCUCAGGUAAUUUGGAAGCGAUGACCUUCCUUCAAGCGAUUAGACCUCAUCUCUGUUUAAGUCUCAGUCGAAACGGCGCCAGCUCAGUACCGAAAGUCUUCGAGGUCUGCUGCGAAAUAUUUUGGCUCAUGUUAAAACACAUGAGAGUCAUGAUGAAGAAAGAGUUAGAGGUCUUCAUGAAGGAAAUAUAUCUAGCCAUACUCGAGAAGCGAAAUGCACCGGCCUUUCAAAAGCAAUAUUUCAUGGAGAUAUUAGAGCGACUGGCAGACGAGCCUCGUGCAUUAGUCGAGAUGUAUCUCAACUACGACUGUGAUCGCACUGCCCUGGAGAAUAUUUUCCAAAAUAUCAUUGAACAGUUAUCACGAUACGCUAGUAUCCCGACAGUCGUGAACCCUCUCCAACAACAACAAUACCACGAAUUGCAUGUGAAGGCUUCCAGUGUUGGGAACGAAUGGCACCAGCGUGGCACCCUUCCCCCAAAUCUGACGAGCGCCAGUAUAGGAAACAACCAGCAACCACCUACGCAUAGUGUGCCCUCAGAAUACAUCUUAAAACAUCAAGCUGUCGAGUGCCUUGUUGUGAUUCUGGAAUCCUUGGACAACUGGGCCUCACAACGUAGCGUUGACCCGACUGCCGCCCGGACCUUUUCACAGAAGUCUGUUGACAACCCACGAGAUUCCAUGGACAGCAGUGCCCCUGCGUUCCUCGCCUCUCCAAGGGUUGAUGGUGCCGACGGCAGCACUGGUCGGUCUACUCCAGUUCCUGAUGACGAUCCAAGCCAGGUAGAGAAGGUCAAGCAGAGAAAGAUCGCGCUCACAAACGUGAUCCAACAGUUCAACUUCAAACCCAAGCGAGGCGUUAAGCUUGCCCUCCAAGAAGGCUUCAUACGGUCUGACUCUCCCGAGGACAUUGCAGCUUUCAUACUUCGCAAUGACCGCUUAGAUAAGGCUAUGAUCGGAGAAUACCUUGGUGAGGGCGACGCCGAAAACAUCGCUACCAUGCACGCUUUUGUUGAUAUGAUGGACUUUUCCAAGCGGCGCUUCGUCGACGCCCUCCGCUCAUUCUUACAACAUUUCCGCCUGCCCGGAGAAGCCCAGAAGAUCGACCGUUUCAUGCUCAAAUUCUCUGAGCGUUAUGUUACUCAAAAUCCGAAUGCAUUUGCCAACGCCGAUACGGCGUACGUGCUUGCGUACUCUGUUAUUCUGCUUAACACCGACCAGCAUAGCUCCAAGAUGAAAGGCCGUCGCAUGACUAAGGAAGACUUCAUCAAAAACAACCGUGGUAUUAAUGACAAUCAGGACUUGCCUGAUGAAUAUCUUGGUUCAAUCUUCGACGAAAUCGCAAACAACGAGAUUGUUCUGGACACCGAAAGAGAGCAAGCUGCAAAUGCCGCCCAUCCCGCACCUGUUCCUAGCGGUCUUGCAUCAAGGGCUGGGCAAGUCUUCGCAACGGUUGGAAGGGAUAUACAGGGCGAGAGAUAUGCGCAAGCCUCUGAGGAAAUGGCCAACAAAACUGAGCAACUCUAUCGCAGUUUGAUCCGAGCUCAACGGAAGACUGCGGUGAAAGAGGCACUUUCACGCUUUAUCUUCGCAACGUCCGUCCAGCACGCUGGGUCCAUGUUCAAUGUUACUUGGAUGUCAUUUCUCUCCGGCUUGUCCGCACCCAUGCAGGAUACCCAAAACCUUAAGACAAUCAAGCUCUGUAUGGAAGGUAUGAAAUUAGCCAUACGAAUCAGCUGUACGUUUGAUUUGGAAACUCCGCGGGUUGCCUUCGUCACUGCCUUGGCGAAGUUCACAAACCUGGGCAAUGUCAGGGAGAUGGUCGCAAAGAAUGUCGAGGCAGUAAAGAUACUGCUUGAUGUCGCGCUUUCAGAGGGGAACCAUCUAAAGAGCUCUUGGAGAGAUAUCCUCACAUGCGUCAGCCAGCUGGACAGGCUUCAACUGCUCAGCGACGGGGUCGACGAGGGAUCCUUGCCAGAUAUGUCACGCGCUGGCGUUGUGCCUCCGUCUGCGUCCGAUGGCCCCAGAAGGUCAAUGCAGGCACCAAGGCGUCCUCGCCCCAAGUCCAUCACAGGCCCUACACCUUUUCGAGCCGAAAUAGCAAUGGAAAGUCGCUCAACAGAGAUGGUGAAGGGUGUAGACCGGAUCUUUACCAACACAGCUAAUUUGUCCCACGAAGCUAUCAUCGACUUCGUUCGGGCUCUUAGUGAAGUGAGUUGGCAAGAGAUUCAGUCUUCUGGCCAGACGGCCUCUCCUCGCACUUAUAGUUUGCAGAAGUUGGUUGAAAUCAGUUAUUACAACAUGACACGAGUCAGAAUUGAAUGGUCCAAGAUCUGGGAAGUUCUCGGGCAGCACUUUAACCAAGUUGGAUGCCAUUCGAACACAACGGUGGUUUUCUUCGCGUUAGAUUCACUCCGUCAACUAUCAAUGCGUUUUAUGGAGAUUGAAGAACUACCAGGAUUCAAAUUCCAGAAAGACUUCCUCAAACCGUUCGAGCAUGUCAUGUCCAAUAGCAAUGCUGUUACUGUAAAGGACAUGAUCCUCCGUUGCCUCAUACAGAUGAUUCAGGCUCGCGGAGACAACAUCCGUUCUGGUUGGAAAACGAUGUUUGGUGUCUUCUCGUUUGCGGCUCGAGAGCCUUAUGAUACAGAGGGCAUUGUGAAUAUGGCAUUCGAGCACGUUACUCAGAUCUACAACACGCGCUUCGGUGUCGUUAUUACGCAAGGAGCCUUCCCUGACCUUGUUGUAUGCCUCACAGAGUUCUCUAAGAACACGAGAUUCCAGAAGAAGUCACUACAGGCAAUCGAGCUUCUAAAGUCGACGGUCGCCAAAAUGCUGAGGACUCCAGAAUGUCCUCUAUCUCACCGUAGCUCUACGGAAGCCUUCCAUGAGGACUCCACUAACCUCACUCAGCAACUCACUAAGCAGUCCAAAGAAGAGCAAUUUUGGUAUCCUAUUUUGAUUGCGUUCCAAGAUAUUCUCAUGACUGGCGAUGAUCUUGAGGCUCGGUCACGGGCCUUGACAUACCUUUUCGACACCUUAAUACGUUACGGAGGUAGCUUCCCUCAAGAAUUCUGGGAUGUCCUCUGGAGGCAGCUCCUGUAUCCCAUCUUCGUUGUUCUGCAGUCCAAAUCGGAAAUGUCCAAGGUACCAAACCAUGAGGAGCUUUCCGUAUGGCUCUCAACCACAAUGAUCCAGGCAUUGCGCCAUAUGAUCACGUUGUUCACCCAUUAUUUCGAUGCACUUGAAUAUAUGCUUGGGCGUGUUCUUGAACUCCUCACGCUAUGCAUAUGUCAAGAGAACGACACCAUCGCGCGAAUCGGCAGCAAUUGUCUGCAGCAGCUGAUCCUGCAGAAUGUCGAAAAGUUCCAGAAAGACCACUGGAAUAAGACAGUUGGUGCAUUCAUCGAGCUUUUUAACAAAACUACUGCAUAUGAACUGUUCACGGCUGCAACAACUAUGGCGACUGUGACACUAAAGACACCCUCUGCUCCGACUGCAAAUGGACAGUUAGCAGACACCCAUGAUACGGUGCAGGACCCAACCGAGUCAUCGCCAGCUCAAGAAACCUCAACUGAACCCCCCAAGCUCAAUGGGACACAAGACACGACAGCCGAGCACGAGGACGGCGAUAUGCCAGCAGCUUCAAAUACUGAGUUGGAAGACUACAGGCCACAAUCAGAUACCCAGCAGCAACCGGCUGCAGUCACUGCCGCACGUCGUCGUUAUUUCAAUCGUAUUAUCACAAGUUGUGUACUUCAGCUGCUCAUGAUUGAGACAGUCCAUGAAUUAUUCUCCAACGAUAAGGUUUACGCACAAAUACCCAGCCACGAGCUUUUACGGCUUAUGGGUCUGCUGAAGAAGAGCUAUCAGUUCGCGAAAAAGUUCAACGAAGACAAAGAGUUGCGAAUGCAACUUUGGCGGCAAGGAUUCAUGAAGUCGCCGCCCAAUCUUCUCAAACAGGAGAGUGGAAGUGCUGCUACUUACGUCCACAUUUUGUUCAGGAUGUACCAUGACGAGCGCGAAGAGAGGAAGAGCAGCCGUAGUGAAACAGAAGCGGCUUUGAUUCCCCUCUGCGUCGACAUCAUUAGCGGGUUCGUUCGACUUGAUGAAGACUCACAGCAUCGUAACAUAGUGGCUUGGCGCCCUGUUGUUGUGGACGUUAUCGAAGGUUACACAAACUUUCCCGCCGAGGGCUUCGACAAGCACAUAGACACAUUCUAUCCCCUUGCUGUCGAUUUGCUUGGCCGCGAGCUGAACUCGGAGAUUCGUCUCGCAAUUCAAGGCUUGUUCCAGCGGAUCGGAGAGGCGAGAUUAGGUCUACCAGUCCGGCCCACGCCCACACCCGUUAGUCCCCGACAUUCUGUAUCGGAGCAUCCAUCUCGCAAGCAUAGCGUCGGCCGGCGCUGA